AUGAAAAGUCCGUCACGGCUUGGUGGCCUUUGCACAGGCGACGGGCAGAUGAGGGCUCGCAGUGGCAGUUGCACCAGCCGAGAUGCGGCCGAAUGCAGCGGCGGCGACAGUGACGGGGACAACGGCAAGGAUGUGGGCGCCGCUGCCACCACUGCCGCCUGUUCGCCCACCUGCAAACAGGCCUCGCUGGCUUCCUUUGGCCAGCAACACACUGAAGAUGGUGCAACAGCAACCGCAGCUGCAGAAACGAUUAAUAGCUGCUGCGGUAACCACAACACCGACACGACGGCAGCCUGGCCUGUUCUCAGUAGCGGCGGCGACGAGACAGAGGUGGCAACUGUCACCGUGAUGGUGCCAACGAUGUUCACCACCGCCGGGGGGCGUUGCAUUUGUGUGCGUGAGAAGCGACGCAUCGCCUGCGAGUCACCGUACUGGCGUCUGUUGUUUGGGUGCCCUCUGCAGGAGGGGGUUGCUGUGUCUUCCCACACUGACGGGGAGGCAAGACUGAAGAGGCAGAAGGUGAGGGGUGACGCGGACGACGCGGAGCGGCAGCAACGCGGCCUGCUGCCGGCGUGGCAACGGCACCCACGUGAGGCAAACACACCAUUUGUGCCAUCACUUACCACA